CCGAAGAAGAAGUCAGACAGACUUAGAUGUCAGCGAAUUUCAUCACAAUGAAGGCGAUUUAAACUAAAAGAACCGCACAAGGUCAGGUUGCAGCAACUCCACUGUCUGCACGACCCGUCAUAGAUGAAUCCUCUCACUGUCUUUCUCAUCUUGUUUCUGAGUUCGGCAUCUACAGGCUUAAAAGAGAUAGAUGUGCAGGCAGACAGGAACGCCCAGCUGGAGUGUCAGGGUCCUAAAAAAGCCAAACUUGUCCUGUUAGAGUGGAAAAGACUUGAUCUGUUGUCGGAUGGAUACGUUUUCUUCUACCGAGAUGGUCAUCUUCAUAAAACCUUCCAGCAUCCAACUUUUAGAGAUCGAGUGGAACUGAGAGAUCCGCAGAUGAAAAAUGGGAACAUGUCCAUCAUUUUGUACAACACCACAAUUAAAGACACUGGAACGUAUGAGUGCCGUAUCAUCGCACAAAACAUAAGAGACAGUAGCAGCCCUGCCUUUGAGAUCAAGCAUGAAAUCAAGCUGACAGUUGUUCCUCCAGGUCCACCACAAGAGGUCACAGCGCUUAGAGAUGAAGAGAAUGGAGGUAAGGACGUUGGGAAUGAGGACGAAAGAGAUGGAGGAUUUAUUGGACUGGCAGGUGGUCUGUUAGUUUUGGUGGUGAUUCUUGUUGUUUUGUUGUCUUACAAUGUGUUCUCCUCUUCCUCCUGUUGGAAACAAAAGUUCAUAAAGCAUAACAUGUCUUUGGGAAGAUAUGCCAAAACGGUCGCAAAAGUGACAAACUAACAGCAGUUGGCAAAUUGCCGACAUGUAUUUAAAGUAUUAUAUGAAUCAUGUCAU